UUGGUUUCAGCUCCAGCUCAAACUUGUUUUGAACGUUGUAGAAUUUGCCACUACUUCUGCAUUAUUUGGCAUGGAAUACAUCAGUCCACUUGCAAGCUUGGUGCAGUGUUUUUGUAGACAAGAGUGCUUACGCAAGUCGGUUUCCAAGCAAUGUAGUUACUUUGAUAAACCACAAACAAUUCUAGGAAGGUUGAAUGAGCAAAUGAGAGUUCUUAAUGCCCGAGAAACAGAUAUAAGGCAAAUGUUAACUAUAGAAAGGGUUCGGAAUGGCAUGGAGCCUAAAGCUGAAGUUAAGUUAUGGCUGGAAAAUGUUGAUCAGAUCAAGGACUCUGUCAAUAAGGUGAAGGAGGAUAGUGCAGAUGAUAGAAGGUGUUUGAUUGGGUGUUUCCCAAACUAUUAUUUUCGGCUGAAGCUGGGGAAUAUGGUUGAGGAGCAGAUCCAUAAGGUGAAUGAGCUUCUUGAGCAGGGAAAGUUUUCAGAAGGUGCAGUGGUUGGUAUGUUGCCUGAACGUGGGAAGACACUUCCUGCAACUAUGCUUAUGGGAGAAACUGCAAAAAGAAGUUCAAGGAGGAUUUGGCAUUACCUGAUGGACGAGACUAUUCGAACAAUUGGCAUAUUUGGGAUGGGUGGAGUGGGUAAAACAACAAUCAUGAUAGAAAUUAAUAAUCGACUGGUGAGAGAAGAUGUACGUUUUGAUACCGUCAUUUGGGUCACAGCAUCAAGGGAGUCAAACCUCCCAAAACUACAAAAUGAUAUUGCCAAAUCAAUUGGUUUAUGCUUUGAUAGCGAUGAUGAUGGGAUGACCAGAGCAUCAAAACUAUGGAAUGCCUUGAGGGGACCGAAAAAGUUUCUUCUUAUUAUAGAUGAUUUGUGGGAAGCAUUUCCGCUUCAAGAGGUUGGAAUUCCUAGUCAAGAAUUCUCAAACUCUUUUAAGUUGGUGAUUACCACUCGAUCAUUGAGUGUUUGCCGUGGCAUGGAGACGAUGAGAGAGGUCGAAGUUGAAUUGCUUUCUAGUGAAGAAGCAUGGAAUUUAUUCAAACACAAGGUUGGUGAAGAAGUUGUUUCAUCCUUGAGCAUCGAAGCUGUUGCCAAGGAAAUUGCCAAAGAAUGUGGCGGUCUGCCACUAGCAAUUGCUACAGUAGGACGGGCUUUGAGAAAAGAAUAUAAUGUGAGACAGUGGCGGAUUGCUUUAAGAGAGUUGCAAAACUCCACCAUAAGAAUAGAUGGAAUGGAGAACCAGGUAUUGUCACGUCUGAGAUUUAGCUAUGAGAGAUUGAAGGAUGAUACUACCCGAUCCUGUUUUCUUUUCUGUGCUGUAUACCCAAAGGAUCAUCAUGUCAAUGUAGAAGAGCUCAUAAGAUAUUGGAUAUAUGAAGGUCUACUGGGUAAUUUAGGGGACAUGGAAACCAAGAUGCAACAGGGAUAUAUCCUAGUAGAUGAGCUGAAAAAUGCUUGCAUGUUGGAAAGUAUCUACCAACAUGGUAGUAUAGACGAGCAUGUGAAGAUGCAUGACCUAAUUAGGGAUAUGGCAAUUGCUCUCACAGGUGGUAACCAAAUCUUUAUGGUUCGAGCUGGACAGAGCAUACACAAGCCCCCUCUUCAUGAAGAAUGGCAUCCAGAUCUUGAAAGAGUCUCACUGAUGAGAAAUGAUUUGAGCUCUUUGGAUUGUGAACCUAGAUGUCCAAAGCUAAGUACAUUACUCUUGCAGUAUAAUUCACUAUCCAAAGGCAUUAAUCCUUCUUUCUUUAACCAUAUGCAGAACCUGCAAGUUCUAGAUUUAUCUUAUACAGGCAUACUUAGGUUGCCAGAUUCAUUUUCUAAUUUGGAAAACCUUCGUGCACUACUCCUCUGUAGCUGUUGGAAUUUGCAUUAUGUACCAACGCUAUCAAAACUUAAGGAGUUGAGGGUUUUGGACCUUUCUUAUUCAUCCAUUGAGCACAUGCCCCAUGGGAUGGAAAUGUUAACUAACCUUAGAUGCCUUGACCUCUCCCAGUGUAGAGCCAAUGACUUUCAAAGUAGUUUUCUGUCAAAUUACAGAAUGCUGGAGAAUCUACUGCUAAUUGGUUUGUGGCAGUCACUUGAACUUGGUAAGGUAUUUGUGGAUCAGUUAACAAGCUGCAUUAACCUGUCACUGUUUGAAGCUAACUUCAGAACUGUUGAGGACUUCAAUUACUAUACUAUGUCAGGACACUGGAGUCAAGUUGAGAGUUUCAAAUUUUGUAUUGGCUAUCCGGAAUCCUCAAUGCGUUUCGGUAGAAAUAGUGUAGCAUUAAUUGGAGCCCAUAUGUUUCACAGAGAAAUACUUGCUUUGUUGCCUGGUAGGAUUCAUGAGUUGGUUCUCUUGGCUUGUUCAGGCAUCAAUCACUUGCCAACAUCCAUCAGCUUUGCUUCUUCACAGCUACAAAUAUGUAAACUUCAACACUGUGAUGAUAUGGAAUGGAUAAUAACUUCAGGAUGGAGCACCUUUCCUACCCUAGAGUCGUUAGAGAUCGAGGGUUUGGGCAAGUUACAUACUUUUUGCAUGGGAAUUCCACAGGAAGGAACUCUUGCAAAUCUGAAGGUGUUGCAUGUCAGCCAAUGUAAUGAUUUGAAGACCGUCUUGUCAUUUGAGCUGGUGCAGAACCUAAAAAGCCUCGAAGAAAUUGUUAUUGAAAACUGUGAAAGGAUUGAGGAGAUAAUUGGUGAUGAAAGAGGGGGAGAAGACGUGACUCAAGUGGACAAUGCUGAAAUAAUACUUCCACGAUUACAGAAAUUAAAGUUAAGUUCUUUGCCAAGGCUGACAAGCAUCUGCUGGAAUAGGGUAAUGAUAUGUGAUUCAUUAUCCAUCAUUGAAGUUCAUAAAUGUCCUGAACUUACUGCACUUCCCUUCUUCGUGGAAAUUAGGCAGCCCCUGAAACAGUCUCUGAAGCAAAUAAAAGGAAGCAGAAGAUGGCGUGAGGAUUUAACGAAGUCUCAUCCAGAUUGCAUUGGACUCCUGUACUCAAUUUUCAAAGUAACUCAGAGUUCUGCAGCAUAUGACAUCUUUGAACCUCAGAAUUCUGCAGCAAACAAGAUCUUUGAAGAAGACGAUGGCAGGAAUAUUGGUGAAUCUGCAAGUUCAUCAUUUGGGCCAAGAUAGCAUUCUACAAUUCAUAUCCCAUACUUCUAUAACCAUCUGAUCUUCCAUGAUCCAUCCCUUCGAGUUCUUUGAAGUAAUAAAGAUACUAGCUUAUUGUUGUCUCGUCUUCGGUUAGCCUGCAUACAGUUGUUAAUGUUGCCUCCCUUUGUUCAUUUUUUCAAUAAAAGUUCUGUAACAAAAGAAGACAAAUUUGGACAUGCAAUUUUGUGCUCGAACACCAGAAUGUAGUAAGUUCCAUGUUGUUCACUAUCUGCUGGAUAAGGAAAAAGAUUCUAAACCUGUUAUCUGCUCAUAAGAAUAACAGGUCAUG